UCCGCAUCAUCUUCUUGGCCUCCAAGACCACAUUUUACGUGCUACCAGUAGCUUCUGAACAUUGAAUCUAUUGCAAUCGUUUGAGCUGAACCACGCUAAACCACUGAAAGGCUCGGGUCCCAGAGAACCAAGUGUAGUUCACUACCAGCUUCAGCCUGACGGCGGGACCUAAGUUGCACUACACCCUAGGUAACCUCACUUUGAGGGCAUUUUCCGGCUUGGCCUUAAUUUUCGAAAAUUGACCUGAAGUUAUUUGACCUCGUCGCUUUCGCAGACCUCUUGCGGUUCACAACAAGUCGAGACCACUAACAAGACCCAAAACCAGGAUCACAGAGUAGGAGAUCAUCAAGAUGCCAGCCAAACGAAAGCAAAGCGAAGGGGACUCCAAAAUGCAUUGGAAGAAAGUCGGUAGUUUCGAUGCUUUCAAUCCACAAGCUCCACCUCCAAAGAAACGAAAGCCGACCAAGAGCCGGGUGACUGGCUGGGGAAAUAACCGGAAGAAACCAAAAUUUGUCAAAUGCGAAGAGCUUCCAGAGCCAGAGGUCGGAAUUCAUUCUCUCGCAUGGGCUCAGGCUAUAUCACCGCAAAAGUCCGGAUUCUUCAGACUACCCAUCGAGUGUCGCAACAGAAUCUACGAGCAUGUGAUCGACGAUUGGACAGUCGGUCCUGAGAAAGGAUCACCCAUCACGCCGUGGAAGAAAGGCAGUAAAUUCUAUGACCGCAACUGGCGAAACGCUUCGAAAGAAACGGAAGCACUCUAUCUCCUAAGUCGACAGGCCUAUGUAGACGUUGUUGGCAGUGGUCUGCUCUACCAGUUCCGAAAAUUCUCCUUCACCAGCCCGUCGACGAUGCUGAAUUAUCUGUGGGUCAUUAAUCCCCGGCACAAGGACGCAAUCCGCACUAUCGAACUGGAUCUGAAUCUACAAAUAUACAAGAAGUGUUUCGAUGACAAAUCACCCCGGGCGUGUGGAAGACCAUUCGAGAUGAUUGCCAGCUGCAAGAAUCUACAGCACUUUACUCUCAACCUUGGCUUGUAUCCUUGGCACUCGACAAUACAUCGUGGCCCGCCUUACAACUCCUGGGGUUGGGGCACAGCAAAGAGUGUCUCUGUCGACGAGAGUGCACUCAAGGUUAUCACAGACUGCGUUGCACUGAAGGCUAUUAGGGGAUUGAAGUCAUUCGAGUUAUUUUUCCAUACUAGCUUGCCUAUCGAAGAGAAGAACCAGAUCCGUCUCCUUGAAGCCGUAGAAGGGAUUAGGAAAAUAGUUACGAUGAAGGAUAAUGAUACACGUGCGUUGACAUGAUGGACCUGGAUUCAAGGUCAAGAGGAACACAUGGUUCAUACUCUUGGCUUAGCUGAGGGAGCUGGUACAUUGUAUUUGAGAGAUCUGGGAAAGGAAGACACAUCGGGAUACUGAAAUCCUCUUACAAAGUUCUCUGGCGGAUGUUUAACUUUUCCUCGGCAGUUGGCAGAACUUUUAUUUUGCAGUAAGCUUAUAUAAGAAUACAAAGUUCUCGUACAAGCAUUUAAGUAUUCCCGGACGGAAUCUUGAUAUAUCCAGGGAAUAUCAAUGUUCAGUAUUCCUAAG